CCGGAACGCACCCGCACCCCGGGAGAGAAGGCGCACGCGGGGAAGGAGACCCGGCGGAGUCGGGAGGGCACUGACCGGCCGCCGAGACACAGGGCAGAGAGCUGAGUUUGCAGAGCAACUGAUUCCAAUUAACCUGAAUUCCAAAGAAGGACAGGAGCCUCCAAGAAGAAAUGGGACACAGGCGCCAGCACGCUUGUGAAGCAGGGGGAAGACGAGGCCUCCAUCCUGACAGUUACAAGAUGAAGAACCACAGGACAAGAUACUGCAACCUGUCAGCAAAGCAAUUAAGCGGAACCGACUUAAGAUGGUAUUUAAAAAAUUGUCGCUCUUGAAGCUGCUCAAGAGCUCGAACCCCCGGAUCCAAGAACUGCAUAAGUUGGCCAAAAGGUGUUGGAAUUCACUGCUCAGAGUUCCGAAAAUCCUUGGGAUCUCCGCCAGGAGCAGCAAUGUCUGCGAGACGGUGAUACGAGAGAAUGAAGAGCUCCCAGGGGCCACGUGCCUGGAGGAGACACCAGAAUCCAGGAAAUCACAGCCCACAGGGGAGCUCAAGCUGGAGCUGGAGGAGACGAACAAGGCACAGCAGUCAUCCGGAGCUGUGCCCCAGAGUGAAGAGAAGGUGGAGCCCGAGCUCCCAAGGACAUCGAAGGAUCACGACCUGACCACUUUCCCCGGAGCCCAGGGAAGGCAGUCGCCUAACGGAGACCUCCGCCUCGUCUUCCUGAAGACCUACCAGCACAAAACUCCCGCGGGGGACAAGCAGCAGCCCGAGGCAGCUGAGCAGUGGGUCUGGUUUGAGGGGCUGCCCACACGAAUCCAUGUCCCGGGGCCUCGAGUGAUGUGCCGAUCGUCAACCCUGCGCUGGGUCAAGCGCUGCUGCACCCGCUUCUGCUCUGCAUCACUAGAGCUGCCCAUGUGCCACGUGUACAGAGUGUGACGACACCACUGCCAGGUGGUGUGGCCUUGGACCGGAGCCAGAGGGGUGAGGCGACAACGGAGAUGGCAAAAUCAUCUGAGCAGGAGGGGUGGGCGGGAAAAUUCACGAGUCUACAAAUAAAAUCUCCCAUAGGGAA